AUACUGGAGAGGUGCAUGAACCAAUAUGGGAAAUGAGAGUAAAAACAAAUAGUUUAAUGAAAGAAUAUUUCUGAGUUCAAAAUUGAGAAUAGUUACAUAAUACUGCAAUGUCUACCAGUUUUGGAUGGAAACCAGUAUUUUUUCCCAUUUUUUGUUCUAUCUUAUUGGCAAUGAUACUGACAACAGUCAAAUCAGAUAAAAAAAUGCUAGUGAAUAUCACAGGGACAGGCCAUGAUAUAUAUGAUGUAGGAGACACCGCAAGAUUUGAGUGUAUAGGUAAUAGAACCAACGAAAGCAUUUUCCACUGGUCGUCAUCUUUGGCUAUAAUAGAAAACGUGAUGAAAACACGCAAGUCAAAAUGCAUCAUAACAAUUACAGCUGAAAUGCAUGCAGGAACGAUCACAUGUGAAAUCAAGGAAGGUGAUGUAUCAGCAAGUGCCUCAAUAGUUUUAACGGUAUUAGGACAACAAGAAAAUCUGAAGGCGUAUAUUGAAGGAGGCAACCGAACCUACAAACCUGGAGAGACUGUUAAACUCACUUGCAAAGGAAAUAAAACAUCUGAUGCCAUUUUCAUUUGGGAAACAAACUCCACGUCUCCGGAAAAUAGACACAUAUGGGACAGUAUGACAGGACCAAUAAUGAGUACUCAAAGAAUAUAUGAAGAGCAGAAUUGGCUCAAAAUUACAUGUAAAAUAAGAGAAAACAACAUUUAUUUUGAACCAGCAAGCAUUAUUCUAAAAGUGUCUACAGAUGAUAACGAACGAACUGAACCAGAACCAGAAACAGAUACAAAUUUGGUUUGGAAAGGGAUCAUUGCAGUAGUACUUGGCCUAUUUACCAUACUAUGGGUUUGCAACAGAACAGGUGGUGGUGGUGCUGCUGGUGGUGCUGCUGGUGCUGCUGGUGGUGCUGCUGGUGGUGCUGGUGGUGCUGCUGGUGGUGCUGCUGGUGGUGCUGCUGGUGCUGCUGGUGGUGCUGCUGGUGGUGCUGGUGGUGCUGCUGGUGGUGCUGGUGGUGCUGCUGCUGGUGGUGGUGGUGCUGCUGCUGGUGAUGGUGGUGCUGGUGAUGGUGGUGCUGCUGCUGGUGAUGCUGCUGCUGGUGAUGCUGCAUGA